CCGCUGACUGCUGUUGCAUUUUCCUCGGGGAAGCUCGGGGUCUCAGCCACCGCCCAGCCGGCCACCAUGAGCAGCGCCUUCCUAGCCGAGUUGCAAUGGGAAGAUGGGUUCGCCAUCCCGGUGGCGAACGCCGAGAACAAGGCCCUGGAGGACCAGAUGUUAAAGAUGCAAAACGAAAAGGCAAGCUUGCAAGAGCAACUGACUGACCUUGAAGAACGGAUCAGUGCUAUGUCAUCCCAUUUGAAAAAUGUCCAGCAGGAGUUCAUGUUUACCCAGUCCCUUCUCAGAGCCAAGGAGAAGGAAAUUGAAACUGAAGAGCACUUUAAGGCCAUUGCCGAGAGAGAACUGGGACGAGUCAGGAGUGAAAUUCAGAGACUGGAAAAUGAGAUGAUUUCACUAAGAGAAAGGAAAACUAUUAACGAAAAUAACAUUUUCAAAGUCACCCAAAAAUUGGAGGGUUUAAGGUGUCAGAUGAAUUGGGAUCAGCAAGCUUUGGAGGCUUGGUUAGAAGAAUCAGCCCGUAAAGACAACGAUUCUGUCGUUUUUCAAAAGUAUUAUCAACAAGAUGAUAGCAAAAUAAGGGUUUUGACCCUGCAAAUAGAGAAGCUUACAAUGGAAUCUAAUCAGAAACGGAAGGCACUUGACAAUGAACUCACAGAAACCCUAUCCGCUCAGAUAGAGUUGGAUAAAACAGCAGAAGCUUUCCGGAGGGUUCAUGGGGAAAGGCAAGAACUCAUCAAGCAGUGGGAAAACACAAUAGAGCAGAUGCAGAAAAGGGAUCAAGAAAUAGAUCGUUGUGCUUUGUUAUUAGCCACGAUGAAACAGGAGAUCAGAACAAAAGAAGGGGUGAUCAAGGAGAAGAUCCAGUUUUUGGAAAGUGAGACGGGCAAUAACGCCGAGUAUGAAAAGAAAAUUUCCAUUGCUGACCGUCAGUCUUCUAGAUUGAGAACAGAGUAUCAAAAUCAAGAGACCAAUCGAAGUCAACUCCAGAAUGAGCUGGAGUCCUUAAAAGCCACUGUGGAUAGAACCUCCAGUGAUUUAGAAAGCCUCAGGAUGGAAGUGGCCAAUCUAAAGAAAGAAAUUAAGGAAAAAACCCACAGAUUAAGUUUCACUAAAGAACAAAAUCAGCAACUCACUGAAAAACUAAACAGUGUAACUGAAAGAACCCUCAGUUUAGAAGAGAAAGCUUCAAAGAUGGAGGACAUUCUAAAAGAUGAGGAAAAAAAUGUAAAGGAAGUGGAAACGCAGUUGAGCCAAUUGAAAGGUGUACUUUUCAAGAAAGUUCAAGAAUUCCAGGUUGAGAAGGAGAAAGAAAAAUGUAUUCUGGCAGAAAUCGAGGGAGGCCGAGCGUCCUUAAAAAAUCUCAACAGUCGGUUGUGGAAACUUGACAGUGAAACUCUGAAACAGCAGGAAAUCAUAUAUAAUCAGGAUUUCUACAUCCAGCAAAUAGAGCGACGGAUGUCACGGUUACAGGGAGAGGUUAAUGUUGAAGAAAAGCAAGUCCUCGAAGCAAAAAUUGUGGAACUUAAGAAUGCUUUGGCAGAAAAGAAAAAUACGUAUGAUCUUUUACAAACACAGAUCAAGAAACUUAAAAAUGAUAUAUAUUUUCUCAAGAAGGCCACACAUAAGACUGGUGAGGAAAAGAAUUCUCUAUUGAGUAAAAUAGAUGAAUUAAAUAUUUUCAAUGAUAAAUCGGACAAAGAAUUAAAGAAAGCCAAAAGCAUUAAGCGGGAAUUAAUAAUUGAAGAUAAUCUUCUAAAGCUCGAAGUUAAGCGCCUGCGAGAAACACUUCAUAGCAAGGCAGAAGAAGUUCUGACACUGGGAAAACGAAAGCUGCAGCUAAAGUUGGCCAUGGAAGAACGAACUGAAGAAAUUAGGGUUCACAAGGCAAUGCUUGCAUCACAGAUAAGAUAUGUGGACCAAGAACGGCAAAGCAUAAGUGCGGAGUUUCAUGACCGACUAAGUAAAAUAGACAAACUGAAGAACAGAUAUGAAAUUCUCACAAUUGUUAUGAUGCCUCCUGAAGGAGAAAAGGAUAAAACACACGCCUACUAUGUUAUUAAGGUUGCACAAGAAAAAGAGGAACUGCAAAGGGAAGGUGACGAUUUAGAUGCUAAGAUUCACAAGGCUGAGAAGGAAAUCUGUGCCCUAGAAAAUACCUUGCAAGUACUGAAUAGCUGCAAUAGCAAUUACAAGCAAUCCUUUAAGAAAGUCACUGAAUUCAGUGAAGAAUAUGAGCAAAAACUUCAAUUGGAAGAGCAAAAGAGAGCAGCCGAUGAAAAAUAUAGAUACAAACGAAGAAAAAUCAAGGAACUUCAAGAAGACAUCCAGAGCAUGGAAAACACAUUGGAAAUCAUCACAAAAGAGACAAAUGCCUGCAGGGAAACAUUGAGAGAGAAGCAGGCUUAUAGUAUUCAACUAAACAAAGAAAUAGAUGAACAGAAGAUAAAAUUAGAGAGAGUCAAGAAACAGUGUUCUAGACUCUCCAAAGAAAUUCGCCUUUCAAAAAAAACUAAGGAUGAAACAAAAGAAGAGCAAGACAUCAGUCUUCGUGAACUGAAGGAUUUUACUAAAUCAAUUGACAAAAUAUUACUUGAUACCAUAGAAGAAAAUCCUAAUUUACAUGUCAUACUUCAAACAUACUUUCAACAGGCAGGUUUGGAUUUCCCGUCAACUGGUUCCACAGAGAGCCGUCGAACUUCUAGAUCUCCUUCCGAGAGUUCAGCAGCAUCAUCAAAGUCAUCCAAAAGCUCUGGCUCCAAAAGCUUUGGCUCCCCGUCACCUGCAUCAGUGAAAGUGGUGGACUUCAGUUUUCCUGCGAUCUCCUCGCCAAGCGCACCGCAGUCUGGUUCCCGACCAUCCACAACCAGUAGCUCCGGUAGUGGAAAAAGCAAAAAGACCUGGAGAUAGAACUUUUAGACUCUUGCAUUAUUAACGAUUCUGACUGGUAAAGCGGCCACUGUGCCGCCCCGCUUAGGAAGUCAUAGAACGGAUUAAAAAUCUGAUGUAAUCCUGA